AUGGAUGGCAAGUUUGCUGCGUACUGCAAGGCGCUACCCAAGGUGGAGCUGCACGCACACAUCCACGGAUCCAUUAGGCCAUCGACCUUGGAGGAACUGUUGCAAGAUGAAGCGAACCUGAAGGGUACAGAGCCGCUGCGACUCCCGAAGAAUCGCAGUUUGGAGGAGUGUUUCGAGAUGUUCGGGCUGAUCCACCAAGUCGUCACUAGUCGACGCGUGCUCCGCCGGAUUGUCAUUGAAGCAGUGGAAGAUUUUGCCGCAGAGAAUGUCAAGUAUUUGGAGCUGCGCUCUACGCCGCGUGAUAUGCCGAGAGAUCGUGCCACACGUGCAGACUAUGUGGACGAAGUGGUGGCAGCGCUUGAGGAAUGUCACGCGCGACGAGAUCUGGAUAUUGAGGUGCGAUUACUGCUCAGCAUCAACAGGAACCAGCCGUUGCAGCUCGCAGAAGACACUGUUGAUAUGGCAAUCAAGCGCAAGAGCGAGCAGCACUGCCCAUUCAUUGUGGGUAUCGACCUCAGCGGAAACUCAGAGCGCCCAGAUUCCGAAUUCUAUCGCUUCGAGAAUGUGUUAGAGCGUGCGAGAGCCGGCGGCCUCAAGCUCGCUGUGCACUUCGCCGAACACUUCGACGACGAUGAGUCCACUCGGAUCCUCGACUUUCGACCGGACCGACUGGGCCACGCCUGUUGCCUACCGGAGCCUCUCUACGCCAAGAUGCUGGAGCUACGAAUACCCGUCGAGAUAUGCUUGACCUCCAACGUGCACACUCUAGCGAGAUACCGCAACGAAGGGGACUGCAUUUGUUCAUCAGAUGAAAAGCACGAUGUCUCAGGGCUGUGUGUGUGCGGCUUUACCUCGCACCCGCACGGCAAGCUGCUCGCCAACGAUCGCAACCAAGAGCAGCAGUUCGGUGUUUACCCCAUGUGUAUCUGCACAGAUGACCACGGCGUCCUGGGCACGACCCUAACGAUCGAGUACAUGCGUGCCGCGCAGGCGUUCAAAUUAAGCAAGACGCGACUUCUAGAUAUCGCACGAUCACCCAUAGAGGCAAUCUUCGACCAGAGCCAAGUAUCGAAAUUGAAGAAGUUUUUCCACUGA